CCCCGUUUAGAACCUGAUCCAUCCAUUAUUCGUGUCGGGUCAGAUUAUUUUCCGGUCACAUCACCCUUCGAGUACUUUCCUGGCAUACCAAUCUACCAUUCAAAGAACUUGAUCCAAUGGGAGUUGAUUGGUCAUGUCUUGACAAGAUCUUCGCAGCUCAACAUGCGCACCGUCGAACCGAGUGGUGGUGUAUGGGCGCCUACAUCGAGAUACCACAAGCAACGACAACGUUUUUACGUGUCUGUCGGCGUCACACAACGAUUCCGACCAGAUACUUGGGAUCUUACCAUACCUUGUGGAUUUCAGGUGUGGAAAGACGACAUCUUUAAGCGCGGGAGCUGGAGCGAUCCCACCUAUUUCGAUGUACUGGGAAUCGAUCAAGACCUGUUCUUUGACGAUGACGGCAAGACCUACUUUUCAACUGUGAACAUGGUCCGCGACCCUAGCGUCAUUGCGGGUGGGCUAUGUCUAGCCACAUCUACUUGCGAGAUUGACCUAGAUUCUGGAAACUCGUUAUCACCCUCGAGUUGGGUGCGUAUUUGGAGCGCACCAAAUGGUGUCGCCGAAGGUCCUCACAUCUUCAAGCUGGACGAAUACUGGUAUCUGUCCACUGCUAAAGGAGGCACAGACGAAGGCCAUCAGCAGUGGAUCUCGAGAUCAACGACUGGUCUUUUGGGUUCGUGGGAGACAGGACCAGAGGGGACGGUUAACCCACUCAUUUUCAAGGACGACCACGCGGAGAUCAGGAACACGGGCCAUAUGGACAUGGUCACAGACACAGAGGGUAACCGGUGGGCUGUGCUUCUGGGUGUACGACCGCAAGGCGCGGUGGGCGAGUUGUUGUCAAGCUUGGGUAGAGAAACCUUGAUGGAGUGGUCUGACGACGGUUGGUCCGUCAUUAAUGACCGCGAACCCAUCAUUCUGACAUGCGAGGGACCAGGACUGCCAUUGCUAGAUCCACCAUCUUCAUGGCGGGACGAUUUUGAUGAUUUGGAGUUGCACAUCAGCUGGUACGCUCUGCGCACCCCACUGAAAGCCUUCCACGACCUGAGGAGUUCGCCAGGACAGCUGGCGCUUUUCGGAAAUGCAUACCAGAUUACGGAUUUCGAAUGCCCAGCUAUGCUGUUACGAAAGCAGCAGCAGCACUCUGUUAAGUGGCGCACCAGAUUGAUGUUCGACCGGUCAAAACGUGCACAUGAAGCCGGCACUGCCAUUUGA